CUUACAACACUACAAACAAAUCUUAAUUGGGAUUCAACUUUGGUGGUCCAAAAUUCCAAACUCCAAAUCUCAAUUCAAUUUCACUCUCAAAAUCUCAUAUUCAUAUUAGAGGAUGCAAGAAAUUUGCACCAUGACACAAACACAUUCAGUAAUGGAGAAUCUCAAAUAUUGGCUACUAGAUCAUCCAUCCAUUGUUUCAUUCCGCUGGAGCCCUGCCGAAUCGUGGGGCUCCACGUGGUGGUUCCUCAUCUCGUCCAUCUCAUUCUACAUCGCCACCGCGGUCACACUCCACCUCAUCCUCAAACUCUUCCGCCGCAGCCGCCCCAUCCCGCUCGGCCCCCUCCCGGCGGUCCACGCCCUCGCCAUGGCCCUCAUCUCCGUCACCACUUUCAUCGGCAUGUUCUUCUCCGCAAAAGCAGAGGCUAUCGACACACGCUGGCUCUGGCGGCGAAACAGAGCAACCCCUCUCGAGUGGUUGCUUUGUUUCCCGCUUGGGAUGAGACCCUCCGGCCGUGUCUUCUUCUGGUCCUACAUCUUCUACCUCUCCCGCUUCCUCCACAUGUUCCGGACACUCUUCGUCGUCCUCCGCCACCGGAAGCUCUCGUUCUCGCGCCUCUUCAACAACUCUGUUCUCCUCCUCAUGGCCUUCCUCUGGCUUGAAUUCUCACAGUCGCUUCAGGUGCUGGCGAUUCUGUUUUCCUCCGCCGUUUGCUCCGUCGUGUACGGCUACCGGUUCUGGGUGGAAAUCGGGUUGCCAAGGAAGGCUUUUCCGAUCAGCGUGAACGUUCAUUUUGUUCUGCUCGGUUGUAACUUGGCUUGCCAUGUUGGGGUGCUUUUGCUGCAUCAUUGGAGAGGAGGGUGUAAUGGGAUCGGAGCUUGGGUUUUCAACUCUGUGUUGAAUGUUUUCAUUCUUCUGCAGAUUUUGAAGUCCUAUGUGAAAAUUUACUGGAAGAGAAGGAACAAGGGUGCUGCGAGUGAUUGCUCUGCUUUGAAAACAGAGGAGGACAUGGUUAAGCUUGCAAGUCAAGAUGCCAAGUCAGGGCAAUAGAAUAGUACUGUGUUAUACUCUUCGAGCCGGUUAGAACCACUAUUGGCGGCAAAGCUCUUCCUACGAGUACUAUUUAACCCAGGCGCAUUCACGAGUACUCAAACUUAAAUCUCUAAUUAAGCUAGAACAACCUUAUGUCAAUUGACCUACGCGGAUCUUUGAGGUUCUUUUGAAUGCUACCCUUUUCUUUUUUUGAAAAGUUUGUUAUACCUUCUUGAUUUAAGUUUUGAUUAGGUCCACCUUCUUCUUUGUAAUGUAGUGACUCUGUAAGGAUACAGAGAUUGUAAAGAUUUAAUUGACUACUUCUACAUUGAAACUGUAUAGUACAAAACAAAGAAUCUAAAUGAAUGAUAGUUCUUUUAACUUUUAA